UGGGUCACUCCUUAAAUUUACAUAUUAUAUUUAUUAGUUCUUGGUUUAAUUUACUUGCUUAUAUCCAGAAUAUGAGUUGAAAUGUUUUAUUUGCUACUUGACUAUUUCCGUUCUUAUUAACGCCCAUCUAUUUAGCAAUAGAGAUGGUUAAUCAUAAUAAUUUCCCAUUCGGUACUAGUGUAUCAACUGUGUAUGUGGAUACAAUCGCAAAAUCACAAGAAGAUGUAAAUUUGCAUAAAAAAUAUCAAAACAACACGAAAAAUCCAGUAUUUUAUGAAACUAUAACAUUUGAUAAUGUUCCAAUAUCAUUUUUUGGCAUAAUAAUUUUGCCUCCUGGUGAAAAUAUUAGCCUUUUGGAUGGAGGAAGGAAGAAGCAGUUCAUAUCAGAAUCUUUGUUUGAUACGAACACAUCUAAUAUUAAGGUUUUUGUGCAAACUUUGGACAAAAAUGAGAUUUUUGUGUACAAACAACUGUCAAUUCUGGAUUAUACUGAAUUAGGAAUGCUAUUCGUUUACGAUGGUUCUAAAGGUUUAACUACAGAAAUAUUUACCAAUAAAAUACUUAUAAUAGGAUCGUUUAGAUCAAUCUCAUAUUUGAUUUUGAAACGUGGUAAUUCGGAACCGUAUGGACUGAGAUUAAGUCGAUCAGUUCCUCUUUUAUCUUACGUUGGACAUAAAGCUCUUGAUUUGGUAGACGCUGAUAAAAUUAAAAUUACAGAUAUUGAUUUAGAACGAAGAUAUGAUUCUUCCUUCUGUUAUGGGUUCAGAGAGUUAUUAAAUUUAGAGGAUGGAAUCCCAAAAUCUCUAUGGAAAACAAAAUUAAAUUUAACUAGUUCUAUAUUAAUGCAGAAUCAAAUUAGAAGUCUUGAACCAGAAAAAUUGAAUGAUACCUUAUUGUUAUUUUCUCAAAAUAAGGAUGAUUUUGGGGAUAAGGAUGAAAUCAUUUUUUCCUUGUAUAGUUAUUUUGAUUAUACAAAUUUACACUUUGUUACUACGUUAGAACGUACUACUCUAGAAUGUGUUGUGGAACUGUGUAUUUCUAACAUCACUUAUACGUUUGAUGAUCACUAUUACAAACUAUUGGAUAUUUUGAGUUAUGAUUCAAAACUCGCACUCGCUAUACUUCAAAAUAAAAAUUUUGUGGAUUCCAUAUUUCUUCAUCUUUCUUUCAAAGAUAAUACUAUAUUAAAUUCAAGAGAAGCCAUUCUUUCUCUUAUUUCAAGGUUGAUUUCACAUAGUUAUGCCAUGAAAUAUUUCUUAUCUUCAAAAUCAGACAGGGGUUCUUCGUUGUAUAACAUGCUUUUGAAGAACGUUUACAAUCAUCCACAAUAUUCAAUUGACAGUUUGUUUGUGACUUUAAAGGAAAUAAGUGAUAAAGUUGCACUUUACUCAGCCUUACAUAAAACAGAAAUGAUUUUUAACGAAUCCAACGAAAAAACAACAGAUGGACAUUCAGAUUAUUGUCAUUUGGAAAGUUUAUCUGCUUCAAUAAACGAAUCUAUAGAUCUUAUGAUGAAUACGUAUACCCGUGAUGAUAUAAAGGCUUUGGUUGAAAAUGAUAGGAACUCAAAGUAUUAUAUAAUUUCAUACAUUAAGGACAAAAAUUUUCUAGCGAUUAUUUCUCACAUGUGUGCAAAAUUAUCUGACAAAUUAUCCGAUUUUCCCGUGUUGAUUAUUGAUAUUUGUCAGAUAACACGUAAGCCGUUAGUUUUUAUGCAAAAAUUUGUGGAUAUUUUCGAUUUUUCGGGCCUAAUACUCCCUCUUUAUAAAGUAGCAGAAAUGAUCCUUCUAACUUGUGAAAAUGUUGGAUUGGUAAUUAGAAAAGGUUUCCCCUACCAUUCGGAUUUUGUAUAUGAUUUUGGACAUUCCGUCAAAAAAGAUGUAUAUGAAUUGUUGCUAUAUACGAGAAUUUUAAGAAUCUUUUCGUGUAUUUAUAGUGAAAAAUCUAUAAAUGGUAGUAUAGAGGUCCUAAAUACACUCUGUAACAAAACGCAUAAUUGUUAUAAGAUUUUAACAGAUAUUUUAAAUGAAAAGAUUUCAGACUCUAUUUUUGAUAUACUAAAUUCAACCAUUAGUGGCAUUAAAGUCUAUUCUGAUACCGGAUUUUACUAUUCACAAUUAUUGUUAUAUAUACUUGGUGAAGCUAUUUCCAAAGACGAUACAGGUAAACUCGUUUAUGGUAUAGGUAAAAAUCUUAUUUCCACAACAGAGUUAUUCUUGGCUCUUCCUUUUAUUGAAUCAAAUGAACUUCAUAGAAUGGAAUUGAAAGGAAUAAAGUAUACAUUUUAUUUACUAAGGAACGUUUUUGGAAAUUUGCCUGAUCCACAACAUGAUGCUAAAUUAGAUGUUCCAAUUAUUGAAAGUGUAGACGUUUUUCUUAGGGCAGCAAUUAAUUCUUCGUCUUUUAUUUUUCACCCUAAACAUAUAAAGAGAACACUUGAAUAUUUAACGGUGAUUAGCAACAAACCUAUGAUAAAGGAUAAAUCAUCAGGUUCUUUUUCUAGAAAAGAGUCUGCAACUAUAAGCGAAUCAUGUAUUUCUGAUAAACUAAGGGCACAUUCUAUUAGUAGAGACCUGCAUGUCAAUUUGAUAGACAUCGACUGGGAUGAUCCUUAUAUAGCCAAUAAACGCAGGAAAGUUAAUAUACCAGAUGAUAAAUACAAUUACUACCUAAAUUUAGACAUAUUUCCGGUACCACCUGCACCUAUACCCACAGAAAUAAAACAAACAUUGGUUUUAUUACUACAUCUUAGUUCAAAAAGGCAAUAUAAUGAACUAUUCAGGAAGUUUUUGUUGAAUAGUAAACAAAUGGACACUAUGCUGGAGAUAUGGACACAUUUAAUAUCUUCAAUUAUUCCAAGUCUUUCUACAUUAGCUAAUGCAGAAAUGGAUGUAUUAUCUUCACUAAUCGGAUAUGAAUGGUUCACUAUUGUAGAUUCUACCUUUUCGACAUUGAAAACGAUUCUAGUUUUAGUUUAUAGGUCAUUGCGCCACUUAUCUUCUGAGGACACCUACACACCAGAUGAUACAAAUAAAGUAAUCGGAUUAGAUAUGCACUAUAUAAAUGAUGAUUUAUUAAACCUUAUGGUUUUAACUUCAUCUCAGUUAAACUUUACCAAGAUAUGGUAUCACAAAAGUAUUUACAAAGAUUGUAUAUCUUGGCUCUCAAAGUUGAUGUUCUAUUGGUUCAAAAGAUUUAAGUCAUCACGGGGUUAUCUAAUCAACCAUUUGAUGAGAGCUUAUGUAACCAUACCAAAAAUGACUGAAGCUGUUUCUUUGCUACUUAUUUCGUGUAAUCCUACAGCUAUGGCAACUUUGUCAUUUUCCAUAAAAGCACUUUCAGAUUCAGAGGAUAGUGAUGAUAAAUCAAUAAUUAUUGAUUUUGAAAAUAACAAUUAUGUUGUUUCGCGUACAAAUAACCUGGAUAGUAACAAAAAUAAUCCGGAGAUAAAUGUAAACACUACAUUAUUUGGUUUGAGUGAUAAGCUUAAAAAUAUUGAUUUUGAACUAUUCUUAGAAUUUAUAACGACUUUGAUAUCUAGAUCUUACACGAUUAGUCCUGUGUCAUUAGUACUAAAUUCCCAGCUCUCUUAUAUAAUGGUUGCAAAUUCCUUACCAAUUGUGGUCUUGUUAAAAAUCGUCUCCGAAAAAUUGAUUGAUGCAUGUAUAGAGAAUUCUGAUGAAGGUUCUACUGAUAAGGCACUUAAUCUAGUGAUGUUUUAUUCAAACCUUCUGCAUAUUUGCAACUCAAGUGGUAAGGUAAAAAAUCUAUCCUUAUUUAAUUUGGUUACUGGAGCCCUGGUAUUCUUGAACAAAUUUACUAAAUCUGCCAAAGAAAUUACUAUUAUUGGCUAUGCUCUAAUAUAUGAGUGCUAUUUAGCAGUGUUUUGUUCUAAUAAUAAACUGUGGAAUAACGAUAUCAUAUUAACGGUGACUCCUUCUGAAUUACAUGAUUAUAUCGUAGAAAUUAACAGCGGGGUCGAAUGGAUUUUCUCUACGUUGAAUAAAUGUAAAAUAGAUUUUUACACUGAGGAUUCAGACAAUAAACACGAAAUGUUAACAUUGGAUAUUGUCCUAUUGGGACUUCAAGCUAUAUAUUCUGCAUUCGAAAUACCUUUCACGACUCUAAACAUUCUAUAUAACAUAUCAAGAACAAAUUUAGAAUUGGUUUUAAGAGUACUAAAAAAACGAUCUGAAUCGGAAACCAUAAAAGUAAAUGUGUCAAAUUCGCUGGAAUUGCAUAAUAUUAUUAAUCAGAUAUCAGAAUCCAUCAAAAACGAAAUAUGUACGCAAGAUAAUGAGGCUAUGACAAGGAAAAUGUUUAUUGAACUGUUAAUUCUGGAAAGAAUUUAUGAGAUUUGCAAUCUUAUACAUGUAACUGGAAAAUAUCAAGAUUAUUUUGUUUUGGUUUGUCUUCAGGGUUCUCCAGAUGAUGGAAGUACUACUAUAGAUAAAAAAACGGAUGUAAAAAUAUCGCAAAAUGAGAAUAUCUCCACAAAAUCCAAAUUACACUCCAAAAAAAAGACAACAGAUAGAGUUUUUUCAAAAAUUCAAGGUGCUCUAGAAAAACGCUUGGAAGAGUUAAAAUCAAAUGGUAAUGAUAAGAAACAUAUUAUCGCAAACAUAUUGCUCAUUAUUGAUUGUUACGAAAAAUUAUCGAUAGAAAUUGCAAAGGAUGCUCUUGAUUUGGGUAUUCCAAAAUAUAUCCCUGGAUAUCUAUUUUCCAAGAAAGCCACACAGGAAAAUAUAACAAAGUUGUUCGUACCGUUGGAACCAUAUUCAACUGAAAACUUGAUAAAGAAGAUAUGUCAUUAUGCUGAUUGGGAUCAUUGGGUUAACACAAUCCAUCUAGAUGCUAAAACCAUUGAUUUAAGCAAAGAUGAUGACUGGUACACAAAACCUCUAACAUAUGACGGUAGGAUUGAAGUGAAAACUAUUGAUGUUAUAUUAAAGGGAUUGACAGACUAUAAAAAAACACUUUUAACAAGGAAGGGAGGUGAUGAAAUUAUGCGUGAAAGUCACGAUCGUCUUCCUUCUCAACCUGAUAACCUUACUAGUACGGACACAUAUAGUCAAUAUAAAACAAGUACGUCCAAAGUACAUAGCGUUACAGCUUCGGAAUGGAAGGCAUUUGACAAUGAGCUAUUUCUCGGUGGACUCAGUUUGAUAUCUAUCAUAGAUAACCCAUCUAUUUUGUUGGAGAAUAAUAACAAAAAUUCAUUCAUAAACGCAGUAGUUAAGCAUAAGUCAAUUUUCAACCACUUGGUUCUCUCCGGAUAUGAUUUCUAG